AUGCCGCCAAAAACAAAAAGAAAGGCCGAUACGCCAGAGCCUGAUGGCUCGCAUGCCAGCAAGAAAGGUCGUCCUGAUUUACGCCAACCACAUCCAAAUGCGAAGCAAGCCGAGGAGUUUGGAAUUGUCCUACGCGAAUUUUACCCACCGGAGAUGAGCAACGAACGGUGCCAAGCGUACACCGAUGGAGACCUAGAACGCCCCAUCGAGACAUUGAAGAAAGCUUGCCAGGAAACGGCCGACAAGCGACAAGCAUUGGAUGUGGGCAGCGCAGUGGUACAUUGGUUCAAGAGUGAUCUCCGUCUUUCCGACAAUAGAGCCCUCUUCACGGCUUACCAGACGGCCAAAGAACACCAAGUGCCAUUGAUCGGUCUCUACAUUGCCUCUCCCCAAGAUUGGACGGCACAUUCGACCAGUCCUGCCCGUGUUGAUUUCACCCUGCGUACUUUGCAGCGACUGCAGCAGGAUCUGGGCGAGCUGGAUAUCCCGUUGUAUAUGGAGUUGCAGGAAAAUCGCAAGGCCAUCCCGAAUCGCAUCCUGGAGCUGUGCCAACAAUGGCAAGCGAAGCAUCUCUAUGCCAAUAUCGAGUACGAAGUGGAUGAACUGAGGCGCGAGGCCAAGCUGGUCCGACUUUGUGCAAACAAUGAUAUCAAUUUUGCCCCAACCCACGAUACUUGUGUGGUCACUCCGGGUCAACUUGCCAGCGGGCAAGGGAAGCAGUACGCGGUGUACACCCCGUGGUAUCGUUCCUGGCUCGCCUUUUUGAAAGAGAACCCGGAUUAUCUCGAGGUUUCCGAAGAACCAGGUUCCAAUCCCGGAAACCCGCGCCAGCAAUUCAAGGAUCUUUUUGACUGUAAAGUGCCCCCGGCACCGAAGACCCACGCCUUGCCGGACGAGGAAAAGAAACGCUUCGAAAAGCUGUAUCCAGCCGGUGAACAUGAGGCUAUGCAGCGACUCAACAAAUUCCUCGAGGAAAAGGGUAAGAAUUACGAGGCGCAACGGAGUAUGUUGCCCGGUGAACACACCUCUGUUCUCAGUCCGUACUUCGCCUCCGGAGCUCUCAGUGCACGCACCGCCGUUGCUACCGCGAAGAGGAUCAACAAGGGUCACCUCGACAGAUAUGACCCCGGUUAUAUAACUUGGAUUAGCGAGGUGGCGUGGCGUGACUUUUACAAACAUGUCCUGGUAAAUUGGCCAUUUAUUUGUAUGAACAAGUGUUUCAAGCCCGAGCAUACCAAUAUCGAGUGGGAGUACGAUCAAGAGGUAUUCCAAGCAUGGUGCGAUGGCAAAACCGGGUUUCCGAUCGUUGACGCCGCCAUGCGCCAGCUUCGGCAUUCAGCAUGGAUGCAUAAUCGCACGCGCAUGGUCGUUUCUUCUUUCCUGACCAAGGAUCUCAUGUUGGAUUGGCGUCGGGGUGAGCGAUAUUUCAUGGAGAACUUGAUUGAUGGAGACUUUGCCUCCAACCAUGGUGGGUGGGGAUUUGGAUCCAGUACUGGUGUCGACCCUCAACCUUACUUCCGUAUCUUCAAUCCUCUCCGACAGAGUGAGCGGUUUGAUCCCGAGGGGGAGUACAUUCGACACUGGCUGCCAGAGCUGCGUGAUGUGUCCGGUAAAGCCAUCCAUGAGCCCUAUGCGCGGGGAGCGGCGGCCAUCGCGCAAAAGAACGGGUAUCCCAAACCCAUAGUUGAUCACGCGGAGAGUAGAACUCGGGCGUUGGAGCGAUUCAAGAGCGCACUUCAGAAAUAA